GAAUAGGCUGAAAAACAAGUCUAUAUAUGGUCUUUGUGAUGGACUCCAUGAUGAUACUGUACAGUCAAAUAUCGCUCUCGUGGCGUUUCCAUAACUAAAGCCCCACUCCUCCUCCGCGUCUUCCUCGCUGCAUGUUCAAGGGCAUGGCGCUGUCAUUCUCUUCUUCAUCCACUUCCAUCCUCGGCACUGCAAGACCAACAUCUCGUGUAUCUCGCAGCACCCAGCCUCGCCCCUCCGAGCACAGCUUCUUUCUCGGCCGCUCUUCUUCCCCACUUGCCCCGUGCCAAAUUGUCACCAAUCUACAUCAAGUUGAUCCUUUUCAACACAAAUUACAGGAAAGAAGUGGUAUAGAACCCAAGAAAACCAAAGUUAGGAUCGGGGUUGUUGAUAAUCUUGCUACAGAUGAUCCCCUCGUUUUGAGCUCUUUGAGGCUUGAGGGAGACGAUGAUCCCCCUCACCCUCCGCUGGUUAGCGCGCUGAAGGCUGCGGCCAAACAGAACGUCGCAAGCUUUCAUUUUCCUGGACAUAACAGAGGUCGUGCCGCUCCAUCUUCUUUGGCUGGGGUUAUCGGCAUGGACCCUUUUCGUCAUGAUUUACCUGAGCUUCCUGAGCUGGACAACCUCUUCUCUCCAGAGGGCCCCAUCUUGGAUGCACAGAAGCAAGCAGCCGAGCUGUUCGGAUCAUCAGAAACAUGGUUUCUUGUCGGGGGUACUACAUGUGGCAUCCACGCUUCAAUCAUGGCUACUUGUUCCCCUGGUGACACUCUCAUUCUCCCUCGAAAUUCUCAUUUGUCAGCAACUUCUGCCAUGGUGCUAUCUGGUGUAGUACCGAAAUACAUCAUGCCUGAAUAUAAUUCUGAGUGGGGCAUUGCCGGCAGCAUCGACGUUGCACAGGUAGAGAAAGCAUUGAGUGAUUUGGAAAAUGAAGGUAGAAAAGCUGCGGCAGUUUUUGUCACUUCCCCUACUUACCAGGGUGUAUGCAGCAACAUAUACGAGCUUUCCCGGCUGAGUCACUCUCAUGGAAUUCCGCUGAUUGUCGAUGAGGCUCAUGGUGCACAUCUUGGAUUUCAUAGUCACCUGCCGGCUUCAGCCCUCCAGCAAGGAGCCGAUAUUGCUGUUCAGUCCACACACAAAGUUUUAUGCUCCCUCACUCAGUCAUCCAUGUUGCACAUGUCGGGGAAUAUCGUAGAUAGAGAGAGAAUAUGUAAAUGUCUUCAGACACUUAUGAGCACCAGUCCUAGUUAUUUGCUUUUGGCAUCCUUGGAUGCUGCUAGAGCUCAGUUGAGUGAAAACCCAGGAGCCAUAUUCAGCAGAUCAAUUGAUUUGUCGGUUAUUGCAAAGGAAUUGAUAGAAGAAGUGCCGGGUGUUACUCUACUUGACUCUUCAAGCUUCUCCAACUGUAGCACCAUGGACCCUCUGCGCCUUACACUUGGUUUCUGGCAGCUGGGUCUGUCCGGUUAUGAAGCAGAUGAGAUUCUAGAUAGGGAUCAUGGGAUUGUCUGUGAACUUGUUGGGUCCCGAUAUAUCACUCUUGCUCUAAAUCUUGGAACCCACAAAGAGCAUAUUCAGAGGCUAGUCUCUGGAAUAAAGCGUCUAUCUGUAGCAUCAGCUGCCAAGAGCAUUGAAGGUACAGUGAAUAAAGGAGAUUUGGGUCCCUUCAUUGACAUAGAGAUGGCAAUCAGUCCUAGAGACGCUUUCUUUAUGAACAAAAGGAAAGCAAGCAUUGAAGAGUGUCCUGGAAAAAUCUGUGGAGAGUUGAUAUGUCCAUAUCCACCAGGAAUUCCUCUACUGAUCCCUGGAGAGAUCAUUACAGAGCGAGCUUUGGACUAUUUGAUGCAGGUUAAGAAAGAUGGAGCGCUGAUAACUGGAGCCUCUGAUCCUUUGCUCUCUUCGUUAAUUGUUUGCACCGAGUAAAUUUUGGGCUUAUGCGGAAUAACUCACUUAUCUCGAUUUUAGCAAAAUUCAAGGCUAGGUGGCAAUACACACUUCUCUAGAUUUAAGCAAUCACUUCUGGCCAAGUGCAAUUUUCGGCGGUCAUCAGGUG